AGAAUCAAUUUUGAUACAGCUUCGGAUGAGUUAUUGCUUUGAUACAGCUUGGGUAACACCUUCUUAAUUGAUGAAUGCGAUGCUGAUGAUAAAGGGUUGUACUACUAUGUGGAUGAGGAGAAUGCAACAUUCACUAUCUGCUUCAUUAAUUCCAAUAGUUACACAAAAAUGACACAAGAUAGAAAAAGGUAACAAACCCUCUUCAAUGCCUCAAACACAAUAAUUCAUGAAGGAUUUGACACCAUCUAAAAGUUGGACACUUUUUCUGUCUAUAUAUAUUCAUUUCCACAUUUCAAUUUAUGUAUCUAAGUAUUCUUCACCACUAGCUAAGUUUCCUGGUCUUGAUAAAGCAACCAUGAAAACUCUUGAUUCUGAAAGUGUCUUGAGUGAAGGGAAGCUUAAUCGAUGUGUCGUUCUACCGGUUAAUGUUCCUAUAGUUGCCGAUUCCUUAAAACGGAAAAACCAAAAUUGGUUUGCUAGGGCCAGUUCUGUCAAUGAUUUAAUCAUACAAGUUGGUGAUUCCACCUUUCACUUGCAUAAGCUUGCUAUGGUCUCAAGAAGUGAAUAUUUGAACAGACUUGUCUUUCAGAGAAGAAGCAACAACGAAGAACAUAGUAGGAUUGAUACUAUUCAAAUAGACAAUCUUCCAGGUGGUAGAAAAACAUUUGAGUUAGUUGUUAAAUUCUGUUACGGUUGGAAAUUCGACGUGACACCCUCAAACAUAUCUUCACUAUAUUGUGCUGCAAAUUUCUUAGAAAUGAGUGAAGAUAUUGAAACCGAAAAUCUCAUUUCCAAAACAGAAUCAUUUUUCAGUUUUCUAAUUUUAACUUCAUGGAAAGACACAUUUCGCAUACUCAAAAACUGUGAAUCACUUUCUCCUUGGGCCAAAGAGUUACAAUUAGUGAAACGUUGUUCAGAGGCAAUAGCUUGGAAAGCAUGCGCUGUUCCGAAACUUGAAACUAGAACUGAUGCUUGGUGGUUUGAAGAUGUAUCGCUUCUACGUAUAGAUCAUUUCAUUGAAGUGAUUCAAUUUAUUAAAAAACGCGGAAUGAGAUCAGAGAUUAUAGGCUCUUGUAUAGAAUUUUGGACUUUAAAAUGGUUCUCUAAAGUCACACUUGGACUUGAUCCUAAUGUAAAACAUGAACACGUGACGAUUCAGUUAAUUAAGUUACAUAAAGUUACAACCGAGUGUUUGAUUAAAAUGCUUCCUACCGAAGAAAAUUCCGUCUCUUGCAAUUUUUUGCUUCACGUGUUAAAGGCAGGGAUGGUGUUGAAAAUCAAUCAUGAGUUGAUGUGUGUGUUACAAAGAAGAGUGGUUUUGAUGUUGGAGCAGUGUUGUGUUCAGGAUCUUUUGGUUAAAAAUUAUGGAGAUGAAAGUUCUUUGUAUGAUGUUGAUGUUGUUGUUAAAGUGUUACAAUCUUAUGUUUGUGGGACGUCAAGUAAUUCUGCAGCUAAAGUUCACAGUGUUGGAAGGUUGGUGGAUGGUUAUCUAUCACAAGUUGCGAGGGAUCGGAAGCUCAAAGUGGAAGGAUUCAAAUUGCUUGUUGAAGCAUUGCCACAAAAUGCUAGAGAAUGUGAUGACAAUCUCUAUAGUGCCAUUGACAUGUACCUUAAGGCGCAUCCCUAUUUGACAGAAGAAGAUAGAGAAAAUGUGUGUAGUGUAUUGGAAUACCAUAGAUUGUCACAAGAAGCGCGUAAACAUGUGAUGAAGAAUGAUAGGCUGCCUAUGAAACUAUCAACACAAUUUGUCCUUCUAGAGCAAGUGAACACGUCGUGGACAAUGGCGAGUAAUGGAUUUAAUUACCAAAGGAAAACUCAAACAAACAUCAGGAUAAGCAAAGAUAUUGAAAAAAGACAGAUGAGUCAAGAGAUAAAAGUGAUGAGAAAAGAUGUUGAAAUGAUGAAGUCGCAACUCGUGAAUCUAAAUACUUGCAAAAUGAAGCUCCAAAAGAAAAUGAAGAUAUGCACUAGUUGAACAAGAGAUAGAUUAUCAUGUACAAGCACUUUAGCUGAACAUGAUGAUUUUUCUUUAUUCUCUGAUAGCCUAUAUUCUUGUGCCUCAUAAGAAAUUUGACCACUAUUUAUCAACUUCAUGUUGAAACUGGUUAGAUCAAAAUGCAAACCAGUAUAGCUUGUCCGUAUUCCAUGAAUGUUGAAGAGAAAUGAUAACGAUUACUCUUUUGGUCUAGCUAGUAUUUCUCUAAUGUCAAAUUACAACAAUAUACAUUAUUGUAUUCUAAUUCAUUAGAAAAACACUAAAAAUGGUACAAAGAAUGCUAGAAACAGUGUGGUAAACCUAAAGUUCGAGGACUAGGGAACCUCCAAAGAAAAGGGAAGGAGAU